GUCUGGAGGGACUGGGGGCUGCGGAGAAGGAGGAAGAAGCAGAAGAAGAAGAAAAGAACAGAGAGAAAUCAGAGUAAAACAAGAGAAGAAGAAGAAGAGUGAGGCUCUGUAGUCCGGUUGAAGAUGAAGGUGUGUGUCCUGGUCCUGGGUCUGUCCCUGCUCCUCACCGUCUGUGUGGCCCGGUCUCCGUUCCAGGCGGUCCUGCAGCACAGCCGGAUCAGAGGCCGGCAGCAGGGACCGAAUGUUUGUGCCAUGCAGCAGCAGAAAGGCACCGACAAGAAAUACUUCACCAACUGCAAACAGUGGUACCAUCGCAAGAUCUGCGGGAAGCCCACGGUCAUCACCUACGAGUGCUGUCCUGGUUAUGAGAAGAUUCCUGGAGAGAAGGGCUGUCCUGCAGCGCUGCCUCUGGUGAACAUCUACAACACUCUGGGCGUCGUCGGAGCCUCGACCACUCAGAUGUACUCUGAACGAGCUCAGCUGAAGGACGAGAUCGAAGGGCCGGGAAGCUUCACUUUCUUUGCCCCGAGCAAUGUGGCCUGGGCCGCCCUGCCGACAGAGAUCCUGGACGCUCUGGUGAGCAACGUGAACAUCGAGCUGCUAAACGCUCUUCAUUACCACAUGGUGAACCGCCGGCUGACCUCCAACGAGCUCAGACACGGAUCCUCCUUCACCUCCAUGUACCAGGACUUCCCCGUCCACAUCCACCACUACAGCAACGGGAUUGUGACGGUGAACUGCGCCCGUCUGAUCAAACCCGACCAACACGCCACCAACGGCAUCGUGCACGUAGUCGACCGCGUCAUCACCGCCGUCUCCAACAACGUGCAGACUGUCCUCGACAUCGACGAUGACCUGGAGACGCUGCGUACGGCGAUGGCGGCUGCAGGUCUGACCACUGUGUUGGAGAGCGAUGGUCAGUACACGCUCUUUGCUCCCACCAACGAGGCCUUCGAGAAGAUUCCUCAGGAGACCCUGAACAGGAUCCUGGGAGACCCCGUGGCUCUGAAAGACCUGCUGAACUACCACAUCCUGAAGCACAUGCAGUGCGCCGAGUCCAUCGUGUCGGGGACGCCAAUGGAGACUCUGCAGGGCACCGUGCUGGAGGUCGGCUGUGACGGAGACGAGAUGACCCUGAAUGGGAAGGCCAUCAUCACCAAGAAAGACCAGCUGGGAACCAACGGAGUCGUCCAUUACAUCAACGAGCUGCUCAUCCCCGACUCAGCCAAAGUUCUGCUGGAGCUGGCUGAGGGUUCGUCUGUUGACAUGGCAACCAAGCUGUUUGUGGAGGCGGGGCUUUCUCCUCACCUGACGGGCUCGGAGGCUCUGACCAUGCUGGCUCCUCUGGACGAAGCCUUCAAAGGACGUGACACGACGAUGACGCCUGAGAUGACGAAGCUGAUGACCAAUCACCUUCUGAAGGAGCAGCUGUCCUCUAAGUCUCUGUAUCACGGUCAGGAGCUGGAGACGAUGGGAGGCCUCAAACUGCGAGUGUUCGUCUACAGAAAUAACCUGUGCAUUGAGAACGCCUGCAUCGCUGCUCACGAUAAGACAGGACGCUACGCCACCAUGUUCACCAUGGACAAAGUCCUCACUCCACCCAUGGGGACCGUCAUGGACGUCCUGAAGGCAGACGACCGCUUCAGCCUCCUGGUCGGAGCCAUCCAGACCGCGGGGAUGACGGAGCUGCUGAACCAGCAGGGGGCGCUCACCUUCUUCGCUCCCACCAACGACGCCUUCAAUGCUGUGCCUCAGCAGGAACUCAACAAGCUGAUGCGUAACCGUCAGGAGCUGUCAGAUGUGCUCAGGAAUCACCUGGGGGAGGGCCUGCUGGUCAGCGGAGGCGUUGGAUCUCACACCAGAGUCAAACCUCUGCAGGGAAAGAAGCUGGAGCUGGGCGUGCAUAACUACACAGUGUACGUCAACAGGGUGCCGGUGGCAGACGCAGACCUGAUGGCGACUAACGGAGUCGUUCACGCCGUCAACAGCAUCAUCAGACCUCUGCCUGCGAAGGUGGACAGAGAACAGGCUGAUGGACCUGCAGCUCCGCUCAGAUCAGCUGCUUCCUUCAGGGCCGACUCCAAGAGCUUCAGGAACGACGACCUGUUCCAGAAGGUGGUCAACAGUCGCUCCAGCAGGACGAUGAAUCAGUGAGACGUCAGCAGAACGUCUGAGGAACCAAAGAACAGAACAUGUUCUCCUCUCAAAGGGUCAAAGGUCACAAAGCUGAGAGGAAAAAUCCCCCUCGAGUCUUUUCACUCUGCAGGAAGUAACGUCACCUUUCACAAUAAAAGCACAUCAGUGAUUCAUGAAGGGAACAAAACAUUAAAGGCUUUAACAUGUGAGACGAUAGAAACAGAAUGAUUAAACUGUGGUUAGUUUGAGUCCCAGUGAGACACAGAGGUCAAACUAAAGUGGAGUCAGUGCCUUCAUUGAACUGUGGGAAAUGUAGUAGACGUAUGAGUGAAGCAGACGAGGCUGGGAGCCGGCACAGAUCACUGAUCACUGAUCAAUACAUGAAUCAGACAGUGUGGGAGGACCUGACGGGGAUUUUUCUUCAGUUUGUAGAGAAGAAGAUUUUUUUAUUUUUUACCGACUCAGCGUUUGAUUUUCUUUGUACUGUAAAAAACAGACGUCACUUCUGAAGUCCAAAGUUUGAACCUUCACAUGUAAAACUUUUGUAAAGUGUGUUUCUGUUGUUGUUGUUGUUGUUGUUUACUCUGUGUGUCGUUGUCCUGCAGCAUGUCGGCAGGUCUGAGCUCAAACAAACAAAGUGACCUGAUGGAUUUCUGGAGCUUUUUUUUAGGAUUUUUUUCUUUGUGAUUUUUUUGUAAAAUAAAACUGAAAAAUGAGCUCUGACAAA